ACUAGUUUCACUUUCAUGCAUUGUGAAUCACUCAUUCAUCUUGAUGACGCGGGAGAGAAUAUAUGUAUCCCAACGGUAGCGCAUCAGUUAUUUGACUCUAUACGUGGGAAGUCAUUCAAAACCAAGGUCAUUGUUUCAUCUCACAACUAUCAGCUUACUCCUUCAGUUGAGGAUCUUGGCAACCUUGUAGCAAGAAUACAAGCAACGGGGGCAGACAUUGUGAAGAUUGCAACAACUGCCUUGGACAUCACUGAUGUAGCACGCAUGUUUCAGAUAAUGGUGCAUUCUCAAGUAAGGCGUGUUCCUUUUAUUGGACUUGUUAUGGGUGAUAGGGGAUUGAUUUCUCGUAUACUUUGUGCAAAAUUUGGUGGAUAUCUCACUUUUGGUACCCUUGAGUCAGGAGUAAUUUCAGCUCCUGGUCAACCUACGCUUAAGGAUCUAUUGUAUCUAUACAAUUUGAGACAACUGGGGCCUGAUACUAAAGUAUAUGGGCUUAUUGGAAAGCCUGUCGGUCACAGUAAAUCACCCAAAUUGUUCAAUGAAGCAUUCAAGUCAGUUGGUAUUGAUGGUGUUUAUUUAUUUUUAUUGGUGGAUGACCCUGCCAAUUUUCUCAGGGCUUAUUCUUCAACAGAUUUUGUGGGAUUCAGUGUUACCAUUCCUCACAAGGAGACAGCACUUAAAUGCUGUGAUGGGGUUGAUCCAGUGGCUAAGUCAAUAGGAGCUGUGAAUUGUGUUAUAAGAAGACCAACUGAUGGGAAGUUGAUUGGGUAUAAUACGGAUUAUGUUGGUGCUAUUUCUGCAAUUGAGGAUGGGUUACGAGGUAAACAAAAUGGUAAUAGCACAGCUGUUUCGCCAUUAGCUGGUAAGCUGUUUGUUGUUAUUGGGGCUGGUGGAGCUGGGAAGGCACUUGCUUAUGGUGCAAAAGAGAAAGGAGCAAGGGUUGUGAUUGCUAACCGCACCUAUGACCGUGCCAGAGAACUUGCUGAUAUAAUUGGAGGAGACGCUUUAGCGCUUGCUGAUUUAGGUAAUUACCAUCCGGAGGAUGAUAUGAUUCUUGCAAACACAACAUCAAUUGGAAUGCAACCAAAAGUUGAUGAGACACCUAUUUCUAAGUCUGCUUUGAAAUAUUACUCCCUGGUUUUUGAUGCUGUCUACACGCCCAAGAUGACCAGACUCUUGAAAGAAGCAGAAGAAUCAGGAGCCACUAUUGUAACAGGAUUUGAGAUGUUUUUGGGGCAAGCAUAUGGACAGUAUGAGAAUUUCACUGGAUUGCCAGCACCUAAGGAGCUCUUCAGAAGAAUUGUGGAAAACUAUUAAGGAGAUAAUGAAGCUGAUGCACAGCAGCAGUCAGAACCACAAAUUCAGCCUUUAUCUGCAAAUGGAAUUUCUCAUGCAGGUAUUGGUACUCAGGUUGUUCCGUAUGCAACACCUCCACAGCUUGGAACUGGACAUGC